UACAAACUUCUUUAUGGCCGCCCUCCCUCUUGUUGCUGCCGCUGUGCCCGUGGCCAUGUAUGUGAGCGCCAAGCUGUCGCUUCCCCAAGAUGCUAAAAUGCUCAAGAGUGCAAUAGGGAUGCAACGAGCAUUUGCCACCCUUGAGAAGCAAGGGAAAAUCAACUUGAGCUAUCGCUUUGAAGAGAGCUAUCGCAAGUAUCCGAACCGCGAAGCCUUGGUGUUUGAAGGCAAAUCCUACUCAUUUCGUGAUGUCCAUCUUGUUGGCAACUGGUUGCUAUCCAAAGGCGUAAAGCGUGGGGACAUUGUAUCACUUAUGAUGAACAACAAACCUGAGUUCCUCUUUUGCUGGCUCGGUAUCAUGAAGAUUGGUGCAUGUGGUGCGUUCAUCAACACCAAUCUUUCGGGCAAGCCCCUCACUCACUCACUCCGCACCGCCACGUCCUCAAUGCUCAUCUUGGAUACAGAGUUGACAGCGCCUGUUGCUGAAUCACUAGACGAAAUUCUACAAAUGGGCUUUACGAUCUAUACUUGUGGUGAGAUGGGACACGUUGAUUUCGCGAUGCCAAUUGACCUUACCUCGGUCUCCGAUGCGGAUACACCUAAACAUCUUCCUCAUAAGAUGAAGGCCGAUGAUAUUGCAAUGCUCAUUUAUACUUCGGGAACUACGGGCCUACCCAAGGCUGGACGGUUCUCACAUGCCCGCGCUGAUAUGGGGGCAUUAUUCUUUGAAAGGUUCGGCAAUUUUACCGACAAAGAUCGUUUCUAUGUUUGUAUGCCCCUGUAUCAUAGUUCAGCGGCGGUUCUAGGAGUGGGCGUCACCUGGUCGGUCGGUGGAACUAUAAUUCUGGCCCGAAAAUUCUCAGCAACUAGAUUCUGGGAUGAUUGCCGUGCCAACAAUGUUACUGUAAUCCAGUAUAUCGGAGAGAUUUGUAGAUACUUGGUAAAUUUGCCAGAGUCUCCAUUAGACAAAAUGCAUUCGGUCCGGCUGGCACAUGGUAACGGCAUGCGCCCUGAUGUUUGGAACCGGUUUAGGGAACGCUACGGUAUCCCUGUGAUCUUUGAGUGGUAUGCUUCGACCGAGGGCACAGGAGCAUUGAAUAACUACAAUACUGGGCCUAAUGGAGUAGGUGCGGUUGGAUUCCAUGGCCCUCUUGCUAGUCUACUUCUUCCUGGCUUAAAGAUUGCCAAGUUUGACAUCGAGACAGAGGAAUUGGUUCGGGACAAGAACGGACGUUGUAUUGAAUGCCGACCUGGUGAACCAGGAGAAUUAUUAUGCGUAAUAGAUGCAAGCAGUCCUAUCAAGGACUUUCGUGGUUAUCAUAAUAACAAGGAUGCAACUAACAAGAAGAUUGCUAAAGACGUUUUUAAAUCUGGGGAUGUCUACUUCCGCACGGGUGAUAUCCUGAGUCGCGAUGCUGACGGCUACUAUUAUUUUGGUGACCGCGUGGGUGACACGUUCCGCUGGAAAUCUGAGAAUGUCUCGACGGCUGAGGUGUCUGAAGUACUUUCAGCGCACCCAGAUUGUCUCGAAGUCAACGUCUAUGGCGUCCAAGUUCCUGGCUACGAUGGUCGCGCCGGCAUGGCAGCGAUUGUUGCUAAGGAGACGAUGGACUGGGACAAGUUUGCAGAACAUGCAUUGAAAAACUUACCACGGUACUCUGUUCCUAUUUUCAUCCGAAAAAAAUCUCAGAUGGAAAUCACAGGAACAUUUAAGCAACGCAAAGUGGAGUUGGUCAAUGAGGGUAUCAACCCCAGUAUAAUCAAGGACGAGAUGCUGUGGCUGGAUGGUCACCACUACAGACCUUUCAGAAAUGAAGAAUAUCAGCGUAUUGCCGGUGGCAGGGCCAAACUGUGAAU